CGGUCGGUCUGCAGACGUGGACUGAUCUGUGAUAGUGUUAUCAGCUGUUCAGCGUCCACAUAUAAACACAGCAGAUCUGAUCACGGUCUCACUGAAGCCUGAAGAUGACGAGCGUGAAUCAGCAUCUGCUCCUGCUCACACUGCUGCUGACACUCACUCUACAGGUCCAGUCGGUCCCUGUAGACUCAGACUGGGCAUCUGGACUGAUCCAUCGGGCCAAACGCUCUUUACUGUGGCGAUGGAACACACUGAAGCCUGUGGGUUCUCCAUGCAGAGAUCAUUACGAGUGUGGAACCAACUACUGCAGGAAACAGACGUGCUCGUUCAACAGAGCUCAGCAGGCCUGACGGGAGAAACCGUUAUUUCUGGCGCCAAAUUCAAAUAAAUACCAAUGUAAUGACUGAAAUAUGAUCCAUCCGUCGAUUCUCAGACAUCAGGAUCUACAUUAAUCAACCAAAACAUAAUAAAACUUGAUAAAAGACAUCAACUAUUUAAAAACUGUACACAGGUGAAUGCAAGGAAAUGGUCAUAAACUCCAAAAUAUGGAAAUAUGAAAUGGAAUAAGACAGCUUCGCCUCUUCAGGAACACAUAGGCUACAAGAACUCCAGUUGCAUCAUCCAUUAUCAAAAUUGUUUUAGUUGUACAGAUCUUGAUAAGAUGUCAAAAAUUAACUUUGCAUUCUGAUUCAGAUUCAUUGAGGCCAAGAUAUUUGAUAUGAUAAAAAUACAAACAUGCAUGGCAAAA